AUGUUUGCGCUCGCCUCUUCCCGCGCCGUCACGUGCGCGCCCGCCGCCGUCGCGCGGGCGUCGCUACAAGCCGCUCGUCCCGCCGGCCGCGUUUCGUUCGCAGCUGUUCGGACGGCCGCUCCCAGCGCGCUGCGAUCAGACCUCGUCUCUGCUCGCCCCGCCAUCUCCUCCCUCUCGUGCUCGCUCGCAGGAGGCCUGUGGUGCGGGCAAGAGGCCUGUGGUGCGGGCAGGAGGCCUGUGGUGCGGGCAGGAGGCACCAACAUUGGCUGUCUGCGCCUCUCCCCUGAGAGCUCUGGGCGCAUGGUGUUCCCUGUGUCAAGGGGCUCUCGGCUGGUGGUGCGAGCAGGAGGCACCAGCAUUGGCUGCACCAAGCGCCACGCCUCCCGCAAAAAGCGCGCCAGAGUGUCUGGUUACCGUGCGCGCAUUGCCACCAAGGAUGGGCUCAAUGUGCUGAAGCGCCGCCGCGCCCGUGGCCGUAAGGUGCUUGUGCCCCAGGCCUCGUCGCGCACAGGGAAGCGUGCUUAG